AGACAAUUAGGAGAAAUGAAGGCCUGAGCCUGCAGUGUUUCUGUGCAGGAGUAGGUCUGCUUUUCUGGAAUAAGCUGCAACAUUGGAGCCUAAGGACGGAGUGAAAAAAAGAAAUGCGCGAUUGUGUUCCAGCAGCCUUUGCAAAUAAGGGGAUAAUCUUUGAGGAGUUAACUGUAGCUUUUUUUGUCCCGAGGACAAUUGGUACUGUUUUCCCGGUAGGAUGUUGUGUUAGGCUAUUGUUGUAUCCAGCGUGGAUUUAUUUAGCUGAACUAUAAACUGUGUAGAACAGUAUCUAAAAUCAUUUUAACAAAGCAUUUUGUAAACGCUGCCUUUUUUUUUUUUUAAGGCAGGAUUCAUGUUUGUCUUUCAUAUGCCACUGUGAAUCGGCUUGCAGGCUUUUUAUUUAGUAAGCAAAUUACUGAGGAGAUGAAUGUGUAGGCAGCAAAUUAACACAGAAUUUUUGAGGUCCAAAAGUGUGUGGCUUUUUGAAAUUGUGAGCAGAUGUAGAUGUUUUUGCCUUAAUGUUGGUGCCUACUCUAAGGUCAAUUUCUUUUUCAUCACAAUAUGUGGCCAGUUCAGUUUCCUUUCUUUUACAAGUCGCCCUUUUUUGCUUAUUUUUAGCCUGAGUGAAAUUCAAGGAGUGAUCUGUUUCUGUUUGGAUACUGAGGUUGCUGGAUCAUUUUGGAGAUGUCAGAGCCGUGAGAAGAGGUGUUGUUGAAAUAAACUCCCUCUGCUGGUUCAUUUUGCAGCAAACAAUGUCCUCUUGCUUGUAGAGGCGCCAUGACACACAGCAGCAUCAUGGUGGACGUAGGCAAGUGGCCAAUAUUCACCCUGCUUUCCCCCCAAGAAAUCGCUUCCAUUCGCAAAGCGUGCGUGUUCGGCACGUCGGCCAACGAAGCCAUUUACAUCACGCACAACGACGAGGUAUUUGUUUUUGGACUGAAUUGCAGUAAUUGUUUGGGAACUGGAGAUAAUCAGAGCACCAUAGUACCAAAGAAAUUGGAAGCCUUAUGUGGAAAGAAGAUCUCCAGUCUCAGUUAUGGAAGUGGACCCCAUGUUGUUCUUUGUACUGAAGACGGUGAAGUGUAUGCUUGGGGACAUAAUGGUUACAGCCAACUUGGAAAUGGCACAACCAAUCAGGGCAUUACUCCUGUUCAAGUUUGCACAAAUCUCUUAAUAAAGAAGGUGGUGGAAGUAGCUUGUGGCUCUCAUCAUUCCAUGGCGCUCUCAUUGGAUGGAGAUCUGUAUGCUUGGGGCUACAAUAACUGUGGUCAAGUUGGAUCUGGAUCUACAGCCAACCAGCCAACUCCUCGCAGAGUUUCCAACUGCUUGCAGGGCAAAAUCGUGGUUGGCAUUGCCUGUGGCCAGACCUCCUCCAUGGCUGUAGUAAACAAUGGUGAGGUUUAUGGCUGGGGCUACAAUGGCAAUGGGCAGCUCGGGCUGGGGAACAACGGGAACCAGCUGACCCCCUGCAGGGUGGCAGCGCUGCACAGCGUCUGUGUGCUCCAGAUUGCCUGUGGCUAUGCGCACACUCUAGCACUAACAGAUGAGGGCUUGCUCUAUGCCUGGGGAGCUAACACUUACGGGCAGCUGGGGACUGGCAAUAAAAGUAACCAGCUCAGCCCUGUGCAGAUCAUGAUGGAAAAAGAAAGGGUGGUGGAGAUCGCCGCCUGCCACUCGGCGCACACGUCGGCGGCCAAGACGCAGAGCGGCCAGGUGUACAUGUGGGGGCAGUGCCGGGGCCAGUCCGUCACCUUCCCGCACCUCACCCACUUCGCCUGCACCGACGACGUGUUCGCCUGCUUCGCCACGCCCGCCGUCAUGUGGCGCCUGCUCUCCGUAGAGCAUGAAGACUUUUUAACAGUAGCAGAGUCUCUGAAGAAAGAGUUUGACAGCCCAGAAACCUCAGACCUGAAGUUCCGUGUGGAUGGAAAGUACAUCCAUGUCCACAAAGCUGUUCUGAAAAUCAGGUGUGAACACUUCAGAACCAUGUUCCAGUCAUACUGGAACGAGGAUAUGAAGGAGGUGAUAGAAAUUGACCAGUUUUCCUACCCUGUGUAUCGUGCCUUCCUCGAGUACUUGUACACGGACAGCGUUGACCUCCCGCCUGAAGAUGCAAUAGGGCUCUUGGACUUGGCUACUUCUUACUGUGAAAACAGACUGAAAAAACUGUGUCAGCACAUUAUCAAGAGAGGAAUUACUGUGGAAAAUGCAUUUUCAUUGCUCUCUGCUGCUGUCAGAUAUGAUGCAGAGGACUUAGAGGAAUUCUGCUUUAAGUUUUGUGUCAAUCAUUUGACAGAAGUGACACAAACUACAGCAUUUUGGCAAAUGGAUGGUCCCCUGCUAAAGGAAUUUAUUGCAAAAGCCAGUAAAUGUGGAGCCUUUAAGAACUGAAAGAAUGAGGCCGUAAGUCGCGGUGUUUGUGGGGUUCUUUUUCCAGCCACAAUGUAACUGUGUGGGUCCAGGCAAGUGUUUCGUGGUCUCUUCCACCACAGAACCUGAAAGGCCACAGUGAAAACAAAUGUUCUCAGUGCUCAAGAGCGAACUGUUGUAAAAACGUCAAGCAAAAUACUCACUUGCAUUUAACAAACCUGGAUGGUGGAUCCAGCUCAGGAUUCAGGCAGAGAGGGAAUGCUGCAGUGUGCAAAGGAUUCCGGCCGCUGUUCCGCACUUGCCUUUCCCGCCUAGGAAAUCUCGGUUCUAGCCCCGCCUGCUCGUAUCUCCAAUUUACUGUCUGGGGUUGGAAAAUAGUCUGGCCUGAGCCACUGAAUGAUGUCACUCCAAUCAUUAACUCUCUGGGAUUAUAGAGGAGCAAAUGGCACGGUUAUCUCUUGCUGCAUUUGCAUGAUUGUGAAUGAAUUGGCCACUUGCUGUAAUUAACCAAGUGUAUCCAGUGCUUCAAGUGUGCAAAAAUGAUGUAUCUUCCAAGCCUCUGCAAGUGACUUCGAAGAAAGGAGUUACUAGGAAAACUAAUUUGAAUUAAAUCUCUAUAUUUGGGUAUAUUAUAAUAUAAGUUGUAAUGUGUACUUUGUGGAAUCUGUUCAAGCAGUAUUUAUAAUGCUUAAUGGAAAUAAUUCCACUCUUCAGUGACUUCAGAUUAUGUUGGUUCCCUCAAAGGGGGAAGGGAAAGCUGGGUGGAAUUUUGCUUUUAAUUAUUGUCUAAAUUUAAACUACAUGUAAUAAAAUUACUUUUUUGUACCUCUUCACUAGCAAAUUUUAGAUUUUGAAGAACAUUGCAAGCUUUUUGUGUUACAUACAGCAUCUUAAGUUGCUUCAUUUAAAAAACUUCAUCAAAACAACAAAGGAAAAGCCAAAUAAACAACAAAUAAAGCCAAAACUCAACUUACCCUA